ACUGAGUCGGCAUUCACCUUUCUGGGUCGUCAGAAAUCUCAUCAAUUCUUGCAAAGUAUCAUCAUACUGUAGAGGUGAAAUGGAGAAAAGGGCUCUGUUUCUUGCUCUGAAUUUGCUUACAGCUCUCCAGUUCCUACUAUUUCCAGCACUUUCUAAUGCUCAAACCAAGGGAAGAAUGGUGACGGUGUUGAGUAUUGAUGGAGGUGGCAUAAGAGGGAUAAUCCCCGGCACGAUUCUAGCCCACCUUGAGUCCAAACUCCAGGAACUAGACGGCCCGAAUGCAAGAAUUGCAGAUUACUUUGAUGUGAUAGCAGGAACAAGCACAGGCGGUCUGAUUACCGCUAUGCUCUCUGCUCCUGGUAAAGAUAAUCGUCCUGUUUUUGCUGCAAGUAACAUUACUAACUUCUACUUGGAGCACUGCCCCAAUAUCUUCCCAGAGAGCAGACGAAACAACUUUGUGGGCACGAUUACGAAUUUGGUUGCCGGGCCAAAGUAUGACGGGAAGUACCUGAAAUCACUGGUUCAGGAGCUAUUAGGCAGUGUGAAAGUGAGCCAGACUUUGACAAAUGUGGUGAUUCCAACGUUUGAUCUCAAGCGGCUUCAACCUAUUAUCUUCACAACCAAAGAUGGAAAGGCAAAUGUUUCCAAGAAUGCUCUGCUAUCAGAUGUCUGCCUGGGCACCUCUGCUGCUCCAACUUAUCUCCCACCUCACUACUUUGAAACUCAAGAUUCGGAUGGGAAAAGGCGAUCUUUUGAUCUUGUUGAUGGAGGGGUUGCCGCCAACAAUCCUACUCUAAUGGCCAUAACACACAUUUCCAAAGAAAUACUGCUGGGCAAAUUUGAACUAGUCGACAUGCAACCGAUGGACAGCAACAGGAUGCUGGUGCUGUCGUUGGGCACCGGCUUAGCCCAACUGGAAGAGAAAUAUAACGCGGGGGACGCUGCCAAAUGGGGCUUGCUCGGCUGGGUAUACAACAACGGAGCCACACCGUUGCUCGAUAUUUAUGGGGAUGCUAGCUCCGACAUGGUCGAUAUUCAUGUCUCCACCCUUUUCCAGUCCCUCCGCAACGAACAAAACUACCUUCGUAUUCAGGAGGACAGGUUGGCUGGGGAUGCAUCAUCUCUUGAUAUUUCAACUAUCAAGAAUAUGCAGACGCUUGUGCAGAUAGGGGAGAGCCUGCUGAAGAAGCCGGUUUCGAGGGUGAACCUGGAGACGGGCAGGCCGGAGCCAGUUCACGGAGAGGGAACCAAUGAACAAGCUCUGGCCCGGUUUGCCAAGCUUCUCUCUGAUGAAAGGAAACUCCGGUCGCCGGCCUACCACCUUUGCCCCCUGGUGUCCAACUUAGGUGUGGAUAGAUACGAGCACAACAUGAUGACUUAGAUACAGGAUACUAUGUUUAUCUACAAAAUUGUUGGUGGUUGUUUUCUUUAUCAAAUAUAUAAAGAAGCAUUUGAAAUAUAUGA